AUGCCCGGCCUCACGAUAUCAACAGACGCGAUUUCGCCGCGCACAUCGAAUGCGCCGGCGCCGGCGCCAUCUACGUCUGCGGCUGCUGGUCAGACAAACCCACCAGCGCAGCAGACCCCUCCGCGAUCCUCUCGCUCCUCUUCCCCCGCCCGGCCCCCCAUCAGCCCUAUAACCCCGACUCUACCCCCGGCCCGCCUGCCGGACCCUCCCGCCCCUUUCGCUGCCGACCGCCCAGUCCUCACCCACUCUUCCCAGCCGUCCGCCGCUGCCGCCGUACCCCCUCCGCGUCCGGAACCCAUCGACUUUGAUUCUAAUCCCGAUGUCCUCGCUCUCAAGUCAGCCAUCUCCAUCCUUCAGAUGCAAUCAAAAAAGGCCGCCGCGGAUAUCCAAGGGCUCAACGCCGCAAAGAACGCCGCCGUAGAUAACCCAUCCGCUUUCCUCGCCGACCUCGGAGCCGGCAAAGUGCACACACAAGGCGACAAGCUGUUUGCAGAGUCUGACUCGGAUUCGGAUGAUGACGAGACGGAAGGCAAAGCAGACGGAAGUGCUGCGCAAGGCAAGGCGAAGGAGCCGCCACAGCCGUGGGAGUCUCUUCCCAAGCCCCAGAACGUGGUGCGUUGUCCUCCCAUCAACUGGUCGCAAUAUGCCGUCGUUGGCGAGUCACUCGACAAGAUUCACACGGACCAACUUGCCAGACCGAGUCAAGGCGCUCCGGCAACUUUGGGACCCAGCGGGGCAUAUGAAUUCAAGGGAGAGCCAGGAGGGAACCAACGGCCUUUUAUUGGCGUCGCGGCCCCUUAUGCACCUGGGAAGGAUAGGAUCGAGAAGAAGGCAAAGGGGGCCAAGCGAUGA